AUGAACAGCAAGGUGGGAGAAGUGCUUCUGUAUUACUGUUACUGUGAGGUGAAGGAUCCGGAGAAACUCUGUGCUUGGCAAAAGGCUCUGUGCCAGCAUCUGCAUCUCACUGGCAAGGUACGAGUUGCUUCAGAAGGGAUUAAUGGGACAGUUGGUGGAAGCAAAGUAGCUACCAAUCUCUACAUUGAAGUUAUGCUUUCCCAGCCUCUGUUCAAAGAUAUUUUGUGUCAAGAGGAUUUCAAGAGCAGUGCAGGAGGAGCUCACUGUUUCCCAGACCUUCGAGUUGGAGUAUUCAAAGAAAUUGUACCUAUGGGCAUUGAUCCAAAGAUAGUGUCUUACAAAGAAACUGGUAUCCAUUUAUCCCCUCAGGAAUUUCAUAGAGAAGUAGAACAGUAUUUGUCUCAAGCCAGUCAAGGACAAAGCGAUACCAUCUUGCUGGACUGUAGGAACUUCUAUGAAAGUAAAAUAGGACAUUUCCAGGGCUGUCUGGCUCCAGAUAUCAGGAAGUUCAGCUAUUUUCCCAGCUACAUAGAUGAAAACCUGGAGCUUUUUAAAGACAAACGUGUCCUGAUGUACUGCACAGGAGGGAUUCGUUGUGAAAGAGGCUCUGCUUACCUGCGGAGCAAGGCAGUGUGCAGAGAGGUUUACCAGCUAAAAGGUGGAAUUCACAAGUACCUGGAAGAGUUUCCAGAUGGAUUCUACAGAGGAAAGCUGUUUGUAUUUGAUGAUCGUUACGCCAUUUGUUCCAAUGAAGAUAUAAUCUCAGCAUGCAGAUACUGUGGGACACUGUGGGACCAGUAUAAACUCUGUUCCAGCCAGCACUGCCAGCAGCUUGUCCUGACGUGCCCAAGUUGUCGCAACAAAGGUCUUACAGCUUGCUGUCAUGUUUGUCAAGAGAAAGAGCUUAAGGUGACUUCAAGGGCUUCAGGACAGACACUUAAGGAAGAAUGUGAAUGUACAUGGAGACGGCCAAGGGUACCUAUUGAACAUGUCUCACAAAGGACACUGGAUGCAGGAAAAGAUUAAGCUGUUUUGUUAGCUAAUCUGACAUGUCCUAAUGUGAAUGGCUUCUGUAAUCAGAUCCUUCUCUUUUAUUCAGCUAGGUUUGGAAAUCGUGAAAAUGUGUUGGCUUGGAAAGUUUUGUUCAUACACUGCCUUUAAGCCUAGAGUAUGCCCUGAAAACCAUCCAUUACUUGACCGUAAAUUACCAGAGUGCCCAACCCAUCACCAGCACUACAGGAUUCCUCUCUCUGGGUACAGUCUUGUAGCAUGGCCUCUACCAUGGGGAUUUUGGAGCAGAUUCUGUGCUGUGGGACACAGCUGCUCACAAUUCAAAAGAAACUGAAGGGACAUAAGAACAAUACCAUUCUCUUCCUCCUGUAUGGAGAUGGAUCUGUCUAACCUCUCCACUGAUCAUGCAUUUGCUUCAACAACUAGUGCUAGGGUGUGAUAACAGAUGUAUGAGUUGGGUGUGGGUAUGCGACUGGAUUAGUCAAAGGUAUCUUCCAUGUACACGUGAUCUGCAUGUGUGUCUUGCUUUAUACCAGUGAGAAGCAAGGGGUAGUUAACUGAUAUCACUGGCUUAACUUGUGUACAACUGGCUGAAGGCAGCAUAAGGAGUCCUCUUCUAAGUGGGGCAAAAGCCCACAGAUAGUGUCUGCCCAGCCAUACUUGUGCAUGACCUGUAGGAUGAACAGGAAAAGUAAUCCUCAUUCCAGUGCUCUGUCUCCCUGGGAACUAUUUCCCUCAACUUGCCCAUGAAAUAUCCAGGGCUGCACUCUGUUUGCACUAGGAAAAAUCCAGCAGUUUGGAGCAUGCUGAAACUGAGACACACAGAGAGGGGAGCACAGACUGUCUAAAAUACCAGCAUUAUGGCACCGGAAGUGAAGCUGACAUAUGUGCAUAAAUGUCAGCAAUAGCCAUAAGGAGAUGCAAGAUCCUUUAUCCAAGUUAAAUAAUUCAAGAUUUAGGGAGUGUUUGUGCUUUGUAAACAUGGGUUGAGGUUUUCAAAAGAUGUGUGAUGUUUAUGUGAUUUCUAGCUCCUAUUAGUGGAGAAAUGGUCUUUGAAACGAUUUAUAGCAUACGAUCUCAAGACACGUCUCCACUUGCUGCUUUGUGUGCCUGAUGCUGUAGAAUGUACAGAAAGGUUUUAUUCAUAGUGUAUAAGAUGUGUCUUGACUGGAAAAUGUCUUUGAAACUUACUGUCAUUCUUGGUACUGAAUAGUAAAGUCAAUAGGAAAUCAAAAUCACUGACCCUCUGGGGUAGGGGUGGGUGAGUGAGUGGCUGCUAGCUGGGCUUAAACCACAACACUCACUGGUUUGUUGGGGUUUUUUACUGGCAACUGCUUUUAAAAGCAAGAAAACAGUUUACUCAGGUUUCUGCAGUUGCUUAAUGACAAUUAGGCCAAUGUUAUUUUCAUAUAGAUUGUAACUUCCACAGUGCUAUGAAGUCAGCAAGGCCUCGUUGGCUUGACUAGAACUUAAAAGACAUGGGUAUUGCUUUCAUUAAAGCCAUGGCAAGCAUUUCUUACUUCCAGUAUUGCUACCAUGAAACAAACGGUUCAGCAACUGGUUUUGUGACUGUUCCUUUUAUGAAGCAAAACCUUGAAAAUUAUGAACAUCUCCUUUGAGAAUCUUUCUAGGAUAGUAUUUAAUAGCAAAUCUGUGCAUAAUCCAUACUGGAGAAGAAAUUGGAAAAUUUCUGUUAGGAGACAUCUUCAGCAGAAGUCUAAGGCAGUACCCAUGGUCCCCUGGCAUCUGCCUCCCAAGUUCUGCUGGCCAGUUAACCUCUGUGCUGUUGAGGACUGGAACAUUUGUGGAAAAACAUGCAAAGCUCUACUUGCAGGCCUGGUAUAGAGCACUGAUUCAAGUACUUCAGCUUGUAUGUUAUACUCUCUUUUCUUCAUGUAUUAGGCUAAAAUAAUACAAUUUUAUAAUUAUGUCUAUCAGCAAGUCUGUAAUGCUGUAAUCUGUUUAGAAGGCUGUUUCUGUAUCAUGUAUCAGUACAGAAUGGCAACAACUAUUUUAUAUGUAAACUUCUGAAAUUCCUGUGAUGAUCUAUAACCUUUAGUGCUUCCAUCAUAAUUUUUAAAGUACUGCACAAAUACACUUAACCCAUUACAUUGGAGGUGCUUAAUUCUGCAGAGGUAAAUGCUGAAACCUAGCUAAGCUGUCUGCCAUGUGGUAGACCUGGCUACAAGGUACAAUUCCCCUGAGAACUGGCAGCUGGAGAUUCUACCUCAAAGGCAGAGGGGAGCCAUGGGGCCUCUUCUGGUCCUUGCUGCAUUAAGGCAAGGGAGGAGAAGGGCUUGAGAUGUACAGAUGGAGGCCUAUAAAGCCACAUUUCCUCUGCUGCAGAGAGGGGAGGGGGGUAACAGGCAUCCUUGGCCUCCCUCUUGCAGGUGAGCUCAGCAGCAGCUUUCCUGGAUGCUGGAUUAGUUUUGUCAGAUUAAUACAAAUAAGGACUUGCCAUGUGAAAUGCGGUGUGCUGGGAUGCAGGCACCUCAGUGGUAAUGCCUGAGAGAAGGCACAUUAAAUCCAGGAGAGGUGAGUUAAGCAGGACUGGCUGUGACUGACAGAUGCUGCAGUCAGUAGAUGGCUUCUGCUUUUUCCUGAAGAACUGCUGGGACAAACAGUGAUCCCUUUGCUCCUAAAUAUCACUGUUUUGUAGCUCCAUCACUGCACAGCUUGAUGCCUUUCACCACAAAGCCUAAUGCUUCUCAGCACAGCCUGGUCUCUGCUGCACAGCUCUCAGUGCUCAUAUGCAUCUUUCAGCAAAGCAGCUCUGUAAGGAUCAGCUGAGGAACUGGGAGUGAUCCUGCCAUCUUAAUGUGUGUUUGGGCUGCAUGGGUAAUUUGGAUGCUGCUGCAAUGAAACAGGACAGGUUCUUGCUUUUGUUUUUUUAAUUUUUUAAGGGAUUUUUUUUUCAUUCAGAAAAAAAUGCUGUUGUAGUGGUGGCAUGCCCUGCUCUGCAGCUGCAUCUCCUUCCAUGUCUGAGUUUCUUAGUGCCAUCAGGAUUUCCCAGGGUAAGAUUAAUUUACAUUUCUGAAGUCAAUAUAAGAGCUGAGCCUGUACCAUGCAAAUCUGAGUGGAUGGCUCAGCUGAAAUUCUGUGGCUUUGGUCUGAUGAUUUAGUUGACUGUUUUGAAGUCUUUGCAGUGCAUAUGGAAGAAAGAGGCUAUCUGCCAGUUUUGGGUUUUUUUUAAUAUGUUUUCAAGUAUUUUUCUUCUGUAUUCUUUUCAUAUUUUGAUAUGAAACUUGCAGGGUUGGGUGAAGAAACUAUAGUGAAGCAUUUUAUUUGACACCACUGGUGCAUUAAGACUUGAAGAGAACAGUUUCCCACAUUGCUGAAAGUAUAGAGUUUCUCUGCUUUAUUGGCCAGAGCUAAAUUGUGGGUGGUAUUUGCACACAAGCUCUUAAGAAAUUUGUGGGACUUCUGCUGGUAUAUGUGUAAAAGGCUGCAAAACUUCACUCUUAACAGAUGUGUACAGGCAGAUUUCUAGAAAUUGAGAACAUUUUCUAGGACAUGCCAUCGUCAGACCAAGAGUAAAGCUUCAGUGUGGCAAUGCUUCUGCCAGGAGACUGCCUACUGAGCAGGAUCCCACCCACGUUAAUAGCAGGAGUUUUGGAUGGGAUAAUGCUGGGUCCAACCCACUGCAUGUCUGGGAGCUACGCAAGCCUGUGGGGAAUUCCUCCCAGACUAGAGGAUGGGUAGUAGACUGACAAAAACCUGUCAGACAAUACACAGUAUAAGUUCAGAGUUGGGGUGUUUCACUUAACAGGUUUUCUAGGGCACAGCAUUUGUUGUUGCAUCUAUGCAGACAUUAGAGAUGGCAGUAAAAGAAACAAUCCCUAGCAGCA